UCGGUUUUCACAUUAAACGAUCAUUUUAAGGGCGAACCAAUCAAACUGCAAAUUUAUACAAAUUAAUACUAAACGGGUUAUAUUAAUUUUAUAACAAAAAUUAAGUGUGUAAAUAAGUUUGAACCGAGUCGUAAUUAAAACUAAUUGGGGGUAAUAUAGCGAUAAUUAUUUUGUAUUAAGGCGGCUUUUUGACGGAAUUUUGUCCUUUUUGACGUUUUGCGGUCGCGCUUUUUUAAACUGUGACGCGGGAAGACUUGUGUUCGAAAUUUGAAUGUUAAAAUGAUCGUCAGUUCUUCUCGUGAACAAUAAAGGAUGUUUUCUAUAUGUGAUUUAAACGAGUGAUUUUAUAGGAUCCAUAGGGUUGUGUGCUUAUAGAAGUUUUUGUCAAUGGUUUGUGGUGCAGUGCUGAAGACGAUGUCGACAUAGGGGGCGGCCAGGGUUGGCCUUUUGAGGCCAUGCUCAAUAACCUCACGGCAACAGCUUUAGGAGGUCACAAAGAUUCGUGCUCCGAAGAGAGUAAACAGCACGAGAUCAAACCGAACAUCGAGCGACCGCACCAUGCGCUCGGCGCAAGGCUACACAUCGCUCACAACAUACGAACCGAGCACUUACAAGGUGGCAUCCACCAACAGCACAGUGGGGGGCAUAUGGCAACAGUGCCUGUCAGUAUGUCCUCGUCAGCGUCAGAUAGUGAUAAGCCGGCCAAACAGAAGAGACACAGAACGAGGUUUACGCCCGCACAACUGAACGAGCUAGAGAGAUGUUUCUCAAAAACUCAUUACCCGGACAUUUUCAUGCGAGAAGAGAUCGCAAUGAGGAUCGGCCUGACGGAGAGUCGAGUUCAGGUGUGGUUCCAAAACCGGAGAGCGAAGUGGAAGAAACGCAAGAAGAGUACCAACGUCUUCCGUUCACCUGGGUCGCUGUUACCCUCCCAUGGAUUACCCCCGUUCGGAGCUGGAGACGUGUGUAGUCCUGGCGUGUUCGCUGAUAGACCCUGGUCUAUGCCCGCAGGACUGGGUCAGCUAUCUCAAGGGGGCGUAUCUAUGGGUGGGUUCGGGGCGAGCACCCUGCCCCAGCUGGCGGCCGAUCUGAACCCCUCACUCCCCAUCAGCUCUGUGGCCUCUGGUCAGCCUUACCAGUCGCAUUACCCCCUCAACUCUUUGGGAGAUACGAUGAUGUCGUACUGCAACAACAUCAGCGGCGGUCAGCAGUCAGGACCGCUGGAGGGGUCGCCGACACCCCCCCACAUGGCCCACUGCGCCAACAACAAUGGCUCUCCUAACGCUUCCGGCAACGGCGGCGAGCCGGCGGAGGAGGAGGUGUGGCGCGGGCACAGCAUCGCGGCGCUGCGCCGGCGCGCGUCCGAGCUGUCGGCCGCCAUCCCGCCCUACCUGCAGCUCAACUACGACGCGCACAGCCCCGUCUACUGACCGCCCGCGCCGGCGCACGCGCAGGGCCGACAUUACUUGCAAUAUUCCGAUUCGACUUGACGUUAAACUCGCAGGUAACGUUUGUAAUGAUAUGUCUUUGAGACCGUACCAACUUGCAGCUGAAUUGUGACUCUCAGUUUAUGCAGUGAUAGAAAAGAAAUUGUACGCAAUUUUCUAAUACAACUUGAUAGUUAAAUCAACAUAUUCGAAGAUACGAUCGUCAUUCCGUUUACGUGCAGCUAAAUUGUAAUGGAUAUACGGUCUAUUCUUAGUGAAGCGACAUGGCAGAAACUAAACGCAAUAUUUCGAUACCAUUUUAUGCAUAAAUCACCUUUUUCAAAGAUUUAAAAUUUUUGUAUCAUCAAAAAGUGAUUAUAAUUCAUCAACAAGAUUUGUCUUUCAUUAAUAUAAAUUCAUUAUUGCGAUUGAAACACCUUCGUGAGUGUAAAAUUAUUCAAAAUAACGUAGUCUCAUCAACUCAGCUUGAAUAAAAUUAAUUUUUCAUGUAUACGAACUUCUUAUAUACGAAUAAGUUAAACCAAAGUCUGAUUUUCAAAAUUCUAUGCAUUUUUAAUGUGACCAUGAAAUAUAUAUUUUCCAGGAUAUCAAAAAAAAAUUUACUGUAUUCUGAAAAUACAUGUAUACGCAUUCGUACAAUAAUAAAUUUAAUAAUUAUAAAUAACUCGUAAGCUAUUUAUUUCUUAAGCGAUAAAUAAUGGUAUUAAGUAGUUUUUAAUUAGGCAUAAUACAUUGGUGUAUCUACAAAAAAUAUUGUGGUAAUCCAAAACAUAGCCAGUAGGUAUGUUUUAAUACAUUCCAAAUUCAAAAUGUAGUAUAAUUAAUUGUUAUAGAAUAAAAUAGUCUGGCUUCUUCGCAUUCAAAAUUAUUUUAGAUGUAUUCGUCGUAAAUUUUGUAUGUUUUUUUAAAAUUGAUUUUAAUGUGAAGAAGCCUGUGGAACCUCUACCCUGCAUUUAAGAAAUAGACACUAAUCAAUAAAGCCAAAUAAUGAGAGAGUAAAUGUGAUAUCAGAUGAAAGGUCUCUCUCGUGACAUUUUUUUAUUAUUUUAUCCGUUGACAUAAAGGCAUUUUUAUAUCAAUAAUUUGUUAAGAUAAUAAUAAGCUUUUUUAACAUGAAAAUUCAAAGAAAAAGAUUGAUUAGAUUGUCAAAAAUGAAAUUAAUACUGUUAUUUGAAUACUAAAAUAAUGUCUUUCAAUCACGAACUGUAGCUGUUUUGAAGGGUGUUCCAAUCCAAAGUAUAUUUUGUGUGUGUAAAUGUAUAGUUAGGUAAUAAAUAUCAUAAGAACAUAAGUAUUUUUAUUAAUUUGGGAAACUGAAUACCACUCUAUUAUUUUACUUUACGUUUUUAAUUAAAAAGUGGUUCACAGUUCCUAUUUGCUUUAUUUUAUCCCGAAAUAUUAUGUGUAAUAAUUAUAUCUUUAUUUGUAUUGUGUUUGCAAUGUUUCCGUCCGUUAUCAUCCUUUGAAUUUUAGUUUCUGGUAUUAACAAAAUUAAAAAAAAAAAACAAAAAAUUCUUUAUUAUUUUAUCUAAUAUUUAUUGAAAAAAAAAAUGUUUUUUUUUGCUUGGUUAAAAAUAGUAACCAAAACAAUAUCUAUAUAACUGUUAUACAAUAAUCAGUUAAUUUAUUGAACCAAUUACGUUCCAUUUUUUGGUAAGUGAUGGACUGAGUGAAGAUUUCUAGCGUAUGAAAAAUAAAUUAAGUGAAUAAUUCUCGCUCGCCCUUAUAUGUAUUGUAUAGCCUACAUUUAGUAUACAUUAUGUUAGUUACCUAAGUAUUAUUAUGUAUACAUACAAUAAAAUAGACAAUGUUCA